AUUUGGUCCGGAUCCUGGCAACGCAUAAGUACCUCUUGAAGUUACAUUCGACUUCCCGUACGGUUUGCGACAGAAGCUAGUACUACAAGUGACAGGCUAACUGACUCCUCUCCCCUCGACCAUCAACAUCGACGGUCGUCGAUUUUGAUUCUCCCCUACGAGACGGUAUCCGAGACAUGGCAGCCACCGUGCAGGACAUGAUCAUGCUCUUGGGCGACUCGAUCACCCAAGGUGGAUGGGAGCCGCACGGGUUCGCGCAACAACUCGCAUACGUGUACAACAGGAAGCUGGACGUGAUCAACCGCGGCAUGUCCGGGUACAACACGGAAUGGAUCAUCCCCGUGCUCGAACAAUGCUUCGCAAAGAAGAACGAGCGCACGAACCUCCCCAACAUCCGCCUGCUCACGAUAUGGCUCGGUGCGAAUGAUGCCGCCCAGCUCCCGACGCGGCAGCAUGUCCCGCUCGACAAGUACCGCGCAAACCUGCGCACGCUCGUGCGCACCGUGACGUCCCCGGACUCGCCGCGCUACUCCCCCGAGGCGCGUGUGUUGCUGCUUACGCCCCCGCCCAUGAGCGAGACCAUGUGGGCGCGGCGCCAGGCGGCGAAGGUGCCCCCGCGCAUGCUCGAUCGCAAGUUCGACGUGACGAAGGCGUAUGCGGAGGCGGUAAGGGAGGUCGCGGGUGAGCUUGGAGUGCAUGUCGUGGAUGUGUGGACGGCGAUCUGGGAGAGGGCGGAUGAGAAGGAGGAGCGGCUGGCGGAGUAUUUGUCAGAUGGGCUGCAUUUGACCGAGAACGGGUACAAGGUCGUAUUCGAGAUUCUCAUGAAGGCUAUCACAACGCACUUCCCCGAGAUGGAUCCUGACAAACUGCAGCCCGUGUUCUCCUACUUCGACCAGAUAGAUGACGACGAUCCACGCUCGUCACUGCAGAGGCGAGAUGCUUUUGGGAUUUAAAGCACUUACUUACAGCGGCUUUCAGGUAGCGUGACGCUGUUGAGCAAUGGUAUAGAUUAAUAGAAGGAUAGAUGCAUGUCAGAGGUCGAUCUGCAUUGUAUUAACGACUCGAUCUCUAGUAGGACUGAUCCAUCGGGGACUAUCAAACUCAAGCGUCGGAAUGGCUCGAUCAGAGUCAAUGUAAACAACCGUACUUGACUAUGC